CUUUUAUAAUCCAACGGCUCCAAAACGUCAGUGACACCAAACUUUAAGCACCUGCUGUUCCUAUAACACGUGUUGUGUUCUCCGCAAACUAAACUUCUAACUCCGUAGAGAAAGAGGUUUUUGACGACUUGAAUUGGACCCCAAGAGAGCGGAAUCUAGCUAAUGCCAGAAAAACUUCUCUCGCGCUUCUCUCGCGCUUCUUUCACGCUUCCUCACCUGCGUCUUCUCUCUCCACAAGCUUCUCUCUCGCUCCGCUCUCUACAUAACUUCAUUGCUCCUACAAGCCAGAGAAGCCCAUUCACUCUAUCUCGAUCAGUUGCAGCCGCUACAGCAAUGGAUAGCAGCAGCAGCACGCCUUGUAAGCUGGUAUUAUGCGGAAAAUCAUCUGCAGAGAAUGAAAUUGCUAAAUCAUUAAUGAAUAAUAACACUCUUAAACUGCCUGAUAAUGUGCAAGUCUCUACUCUCUUGCACUCGGAGAUUAUUAAUAAGCAGCAGCGGCAAGACGAAGAGUCUUUCUGUAUUGAACGGUUUAUGAAUUCUCUUUCAACUAAUCAAUUCGGUAGAUUACUCGUCUGGUCGCCGAUAUUGCCUUCAACUCAUGAUAUUGUUUCCAAUAAUUUUGGUGAGCUUCCAAUUGGUACUGUUUGCGUUGCUGAUGUUCAAUAUAAAGGGCGAGGUCGAUCAAAGAAUGUAUGGGAAUCUCCAGCAGGUUGCCUGAUGUUUUCAUUUACCAUUCAAAUGGAGGAUGGACGAGUUGUGCCUUUGUUGCAAUAUGUAGUGUCUCUUGCUGUUACAGAGGCAAUAAAGGAUGUUUGCGACAAAAAUGGCUUACCGCGUAUUGAUGUUAGAAUCAAAUGGCCAAAUGAUCUUUAUUUGAAUGGUCUUAAAGUUGGAGGCAUUCUCUCCACCUCAACAUAUAAAUCAAAGAAGUUCAAUGUCAGUACCGGUAUAGGCUUGAAUGUCGAUAAUGAGAAACCAACAACAUGCUUGAAUGCAGUCUUAAGAGAAUUGUCUGCUGCUGCAUGCACAUUAAGAAGAGAAGAUAUUGUUGCAGCCUUUCUAAAUAAAUUUGAAAUUUUUUAUGAUCUUUUCAUAAAUGGAGGAUUUCAAACUCUUGAGGAGCUUUACUAUAAAACAUGGCUACACAGUGGGCAGAGAGUCAUCAUCCAGGAGAAGAACGAGAACCAAGUAGUGGAGAACGUGGUCACCAUUCAGGGUUUGACAUCCUCGGGUUAUUUGCUAGCUAUCGGUGAAGACAAUCAAAUGUGUGAACUUCAUCCUGAUGGCAAUAGUUUUGACUUCUUCAAAGGACUAGUCAGAAGAAAACUUGAAUAAAGAAGAUUCCCUAGCAUCUUCCACUGGAGGCAAAAGUCAUGCUGGAACAGCUGCGCAACUGGAGAUGUUUUACGAGCUGUAUUUCUUAUUUUCGUUUAAUUAAAUCACUCUGCCCAUAUUUAUCUUCAAGUUGCUUUGUUUAAAUGAGAUAUUGACAAAACUUACACAGGUCGUUCUUUAGUUCUUUUUUUUAA